AAAGAGAAGAGAGGCAAUUGCUCGUUCAGUCCAUGCUGGAUAGGCACAAGGAGAAGGCACAUCUACAAGCUUAGAUCCACUGAGACUACUACUUCCAGACUUUCAGAAUGCAGACACUCUGUGUACUGAUGACCCUUGCCUUUUAUGGGUCAGCGAUGGGCACCUUCCUGCAGAAGCAGCAGACGGAUUUUGGACUGCGGCUGUUCUCAGAAGCUGCUCACUCCCAUCAAGAUGAAAACUUUGCCAUGUCACCCUACGGCAUCUCCUCCGUGAUGGGAAUGGUCCAGCUGGGAGCUUAUGGCAGCACUCUAAAGACACUCAAAGAGCACAUGGGCUAUUCUCUGCAAGAUCGUGGAAUGCCACGACAACAGAGGCUUCUUCACAGAGACCUGUCCAGUGAACACGGAGUGGAGGUGGCUAGUGGCGUCAUGGUGGACAGAAAGCUGAUGUUGGAGAAGCCCUUCCGACGCAGCCUUACAAAAGCAUUUCAGAGUGUCCCUCACCAGGUGGACUUUAGCAAGCCAAAGACUGCCCAGCAGGUCAUCAACGCCUGGACGUCAGACAGAACCGGAGGCAUGAUUCCAAACUUCCUGCCGUCCGGACUUCUGAGUCAGCAGACUCGCUUGGUGCUGUUAAACGCGCUUCACUUUCACGGCCUCUGGAUGACACCCUUCGACCCCAGCCUGACCAUGGAGAUGAUGUUCCAUGGUCCUAAUGGUAGCACACUGCCAGUGCCAAUGAUGAGAACCACCAAUAAAUUUAACUACGGUGAGUUUGUGACGAAGGAAGGUGUUGAUUACGAUGUUAUUGAGGUACCCUAUGAAGGAGACUCAAUGAGCAUGCUCCUGGUGUCUUCAUUCGAAAAGGACAUGCCGCUGUCUGCCCUCAUCAAAGAGCUGAGUGGCAGCAAGGUCCAGGAGUGGAGAAAGAACAUAAAGAAGGUCAACCGCCAGCUGGUGCUGCCCAGGUUUUCCAUUGACACAGAAGUCGAUUUGAAGUCAACACUGAGCAAACUGGGGCUUGGAGACAUCUUCAGCCAGUCCAAGGCAGAUUUCUCACGCAUUACUACUGAAGAACCUCUGUGCGUAUCUGACGUUCUGCAGAGGGUUAAGAUCGAAGUUAAGGAAGAUGGAACCAAAGGCUCUUCUGCAACAGCUGCCAUCAUCUACUCCCGCAUGGCAGUAGAGGAACACAUUAUGGACCGUCCAUUCCUUUUCCUCAUCCAACACAAGCCAACAGGCUCUGUGCUCUUCAUGGGUCAAGUCAAUCAACCUCAAAAACACUAGCGGUUCAGAAUUCAAAGCACACAAAAUUUAAAGACAUUAUACUCACAUUGACAGUCUCUACUGUCAACUAACGUACUACUGAGACCACACAGGACCGGGGACAAGAUAAAGAAGAUCCUAAAGGCAUUGGAACAUGUACUUUGGAACCUCAACCUCAAAGCAAACAAACAUGAAUAUGCCAACACGCCUAUAUUUAAUCAGCAGAAAGUCUCUAUAUCUGAGACUCUUGAGGCUUAUAAUUACUGGAAUUAUGUACAGAUAGAAUGUGUGGUGGAGGAAAUCAUACACUAUUUAAACAUGCAGAUAAAGAUGAAGGAAAGUGCAGCUUAAAACCCAGCAAAUGUCACUGUAAUUUAGGAUUAAGGGCACAUUUUAAUGCCUGUGGAUUUGGAAUGCUUUUAAAAAGCAAGCUGUAAUCCCUGUUAAAUGAAUCUGAAGUUUAAAUGAGAAUCUAUUUUGACCUAUUUAAAGCAAACAGUACAGUGGCAAGAUGAAUGAAUUUUGAUGGACAAUAUUUUUAUAUUCUGCUGUUUAUUUUGCAUAUUAUAUUAAGUGUUAUUUUUCAUGUUUGAAGCUGUAUUUCUAUUUUUUUAUAUUUAUACUGAAUGUUUUAUUUACAUGAAGAUGACCUUUUUGCACUUGAUGUGUAUAUAAUAAACUUAUUUUAUGUUUUAA